CCUUUGUUGUAACAAAAUCAAAGCAAUACAUUACUUAAGCCUGGAGCUUAAUGCCACAAAUUAGUUUUAUGUACAGUACAGGAUGUAUUUCUGUGAUAGUGUUGUGUAAAUUGGAAAACAGAAGUUGUGUAAGUUCAUUCUUAAAUUGAACUAAAAGUGAGGGUGCCUCUAUGAAGGCAAACAAGAUGGGAGAGUACUACGAAGUCCUGGGCAUAGAGAGAAAUGCCACGGAGACAGACAUUAAAAAAGCGUACCGAAAGAUGGCGCUAAAAUGGCACCCGGACAAGAAUCCAGAUAACAAAGAAGAGGCAGAAAAGCGAUUCAAAGAGAUCUCGGAAGCAUACGAAGUUCUAUCAGACAAGAAAAAACGAGAAGUAUACGACAAAUAUGGAAAAGAAGGCCUUACGGGUAAUCAACAAGGAUACUCUCACUAUGACCACAACGGAUUUGAUGAUUUACACGGCUUCCAUUUCCGAGAUCCAGAGGAAGUGUUUAGGGAAUUUUUCGGAGGCCGCGACCCAUUUGCAGAAUUUUUCUCAGGCUCAAGGGUCGGACCAGGGAUGUUUUCCAAUGGAUUGUUUGCGGAUUCUUUUACAGGGUUCCCCGGCCCCUCCGCCUCCUUCUUCUCAUCAUUCGGCGGGCCAGACCCUUUUUCGGCAGGGUCUGGCAGGAGGCGGGCACAUGUGCAAAGGAGGCGGGACAGAGGAGCGGAGUCUGCAAAUUUGGGUGGACGGAGACCGGCUAGGGCGGCGUACACAGCCCAUCAGCUACACCCCCUGGGCUCUAUCGGAUUUAACUCAUUUGGGUUUCCAGGCAUGUCGUUUGGGUUUUCAUCCAUGUUUGAUGACCCGUUCUUGCAUCGGUCGCCGGGAUUACAUAACGGUUUCACGUCAUUCUCUAGCACAUCGUUUGGUGGAGGUGGAGGUGGUGGGGGGAACUUCCGUUCCACAUCCACCUCGACUAAGAUGAUCAACGGCAAGAGGGUCAUAACCAAGAAAGUGGUAGAGAACGGUGUAGAAACAGUAACAAUAGAAGAAGACGGAGUCCUAAAGUCUCACAUCGUCAAUGGAGAAAACAUGAUGAUUACCAAUUAACCUUGACCUUGUGUGGACACGACCUUCAGCAGUGCACAAACUGGAUAUAACGGAUUAUAUUUGGGGGAAAAUAAAGAGUUAAAUAGCACAGUAUAUUUGUAGUAUGUAUGUGUUAUUACCAUUAUGUCUUUUAUUGUGUUGGCAUUUUCACCUUUGGAGUUUCGGUGACUACUGUUUGAGUACCUUCAAUAAUUUAUUGAUUUUAUGUGUUUUUGGAGAUAACAGCAACAACGGAAUGUAAAUUUGGAAAGAUGAACACUGUUUGAACAUUUUCAAAACUGUAUGCUUAAUAUGAAUUAUUAUUCCCAUAUUGUUAUGCUUUUGUUAAGAAAGUGGCUUAUAAAAGGCAUGACGGUGCUUAAAAUAUAUCUUUAAUUUAGUUACAAAGAAUAUAUAUAUGAAAUCCAUUUUCACAAGGCAUUUAUUUGUAAAUUUGAGGGAAAAUAUUUUAAAGCAUGCAAACAGUUUGUGCAUUGCUACUUGUAAAGAAAUCAUGAACUUGCUCCUUGAAAGGAGCGAUUGUAUUGUUUAGACAUGAGUACGAGUCGGUAAUGAUAGCAUUGUAUAAUGUACACAUUAAACGAUGACACACAAGCUUCUUGACUGAGCUGCAGUGAAGACAGAUAGCUUGGAGAACAGUUUCUGUGAUAUAAUAUCACUUAAGAAGAAUUCAUAUCACAUGAAUACUAGUAUUUUUUCUCAUUUUAUUUCUAAAACUAUAAUCGAUAUUUUUGCUAACACUGGGCCAACAGCAAUCUUUUAAUCUCCACAAUCAAAUCAUUUUGUCUACCAGUAAUAAUUUAAGUUUUAUAUAUAAAAAAACCUGAAUGUUUUGACUUGUUUCAACCUUGUUGAACACUAAUAUAUACAUGUUCAUUAGAGCAUUUUUUGCAGACUAAAGCAACUAUUUAAAUUAAUAUUUCAGCAAUAAAACCUCUUUUGUGUAAGAUUUUUAGUUUUUGUUGAAAUAAAUUAACUGUUACAUAUAGCAGUGUUUGUUCUGUCAACAUUGGUAAGACUUCCACGGCUGUACAGUUUUAGCGUCAGUGUGUCUAUUGUUAUGAUGAUUCCAUAUUCAUUUGGAGCUUCUGUCAUCCGGUGAUGAUUAUUGCUAUUGAGGCAGCCUCAUGCAAAAAUGGGUUUUAUGGCAUAUGUGGUAAACAUAGCUUUAGACCAGCCGGUACAUCUGCAGAGCCUGGUCAGGAGUUAUCUUGUCCAUUAUUAACUCUUUCAGUGCUGGAACCGAAUUUUAAAGGCCUUUGCAAACAGUUUGGAUCCAGAUGAGACGCCACAGAAUGUCUCAUCAGGAUCCAAACUGUUUCUUAUUCUGAUAGUAUUCUUAAGAAAUUCAGCAGACGGCAUUUUAGCAGAGGACAAAUUUCCCAGCAUGCAAAGGGUUAAGUUACACAAUGUGUCAUGGUCUCAUUAGCAGACAGGGUCGGUUUUGACAAGGCUGCACACAUGUGCAGGCUGGUCUGGUGCAUCGCUGGCCACAUUUGCCAUAAUACUUUUUUUUGCAUUAUGCAGCUCAUUUAAUUUUGUAACACAUUUAAUAUACACAUGGAAGUUAUAAUGUAUCUUAAGCAAUCAUAUAGGCACAAAGCAGGUUGUCUGCUUCGGGUUUUUAUUCUGUAGUCGACUGUUGUGAAUUUGUAAUAAUUCAUAACAUUAGCUGUUUAUGUAUAGGUGCACUGUGUGAAAGCUAUUUCUCUUACUUUGUCGUUUGGUGUUGUUAGCAUCAACAUUUGUUUCUUUGAACAUUGGUAUUUAGAAAACAGGGCCAUUUUUCAUUUUUUUUUGUUUCUCAUGCACUGUAGGUUUCACAAUUUACUUUAGAUGGCCAAUAAAUGCCACAGAAUGCACUAAACAGAACGUGCUUAACUUACCAAGUUUCAAGGUCCCAUCAUUGAACAGUACACGCACCUUUAAGGUAUUUAACAUGUUUAUGUUGACAAGCACAGAGGGGUUGCAGUAGAGAACUAAAAAGGAAGAGGUUGCAGCACCCUGUUGUAUUAUAAUUUUUUCCCUCAUAGUUCACAGAAAAAACACUGUCCUUCACCAUUUGUAAGUGUUGUUUGUUAUUAUUGCUCACAGUAUUGGUUGCCAUAGUUAGAAAGUCAGUUGGAUGCAAUUAAAUUCGGUUUUUAGUGUAUGAAAAAUUUACAAUUUAAAAAUAUUGUUCAUAUGGUGAAUAAAACGUGGACUAAAGUACAAUAAAGGCCUACACAUUUCACAGUAUAUUUUAUUAAUUCUUAUGUAACUCUACUUAUAUCCAAUGUUAAUGUUCAGAAGUGUGUGUGUUUACCAUGUAUGCUUCAUUUGUGUUGCUGUAUGUAUAUUUUGUGACAUCAUUUUUAUGAUAAUUACUUUUGUUAAUAUGAAUUGGUGUUUAAACACUUAAUUUAUGUGUUAAUUUAGUUGUCAGCCUGUUUUCUUCAUAAAAAUGAUAAAUAAAAAUCAAUGUCUUA